AUGAAAGAUGAGUACAGCAAGAUAUGGCACGGAGUUACUUUGCAACGGGACGAACACAUGGCCAUGUGUACUUUCAAUGUCGUCUUCGCUCUUGCUUGUCAAUUGGCCGACUUCAUUCCAGCGGAAGAAAGAGAAUCCUGGGCAGAUACAUAUUUUUCCCGCGCCAAGGAUCUUUUCAAAUUCAAUUUGUGGAACACAGGCUCUGCGGGGUUGAUCCAAUGCCUGCUCCUCAUGGCACAAUAUCUACAGAGUACGAACUCAGCGCAUCAAUGUUGGAUUGUGACCGGGCUGGCCAUUCGUAAUGCGCAAAGUCUCGGUCUGCAUCUUCCUCAGACCAUUGCUCAACUACACAGCUUUCAGGAGAAGCAACUAGCACGAAAGCUAUGGCAUGGAUGUGUUUUAAUGGAUCGCGUCAUAUCAAUGACAUUCGGCCGACCGGCAAUGAUAUCCAAAAUUUCGAGUGGAGCGGUUCCUCUGCCCGUGAAAGUGGACGAUGAGUACAUCAUCUCCAGCAGCACUGCGGAACCCGCUCAACCCGUGGAGAAGGCAUCUAUGAUGGCCUUCUACAUCAAAACUCUUGAGCUGUACGAGAUCAUGAACGAUGUUCUUCUCAGCCUGUACAAACCAGCCGCAGAAGAUAGCCCAACCGAUGUUCAUGAUUUUUACUUCAACACUGCUGUCAGCGAGGGUGAGCGCACCGUCUUCGACCUUGACCGCUCCCUGGAUCGAUGGGCUCGAAAUCUACCGGCACAUCUCUGUCCAGGAUCUUCAAGUCGAUCUGACAGUCCGAUAUUCUUUCGACAGUCUGUCGUUUUACAAGCAAGAUUCCUUCAUACACGAAUCUUACUCUUCCGUCCCACGCUUUCAAAAUAUUGCGCCAUCCGUGACAACACGGGGGCUCGUUCGAUCAAUGCUCGACACGAUUCAUUUCCGCAUCGUGUAGCAUUACAAUGCUCUGUGAUUUGCGUGCGAGUUGCACAACAAAUGAUUAAAAUUAUUCACGAUAAUGUGCCGAUCGAUGGCACAGGAGGCCCGCUGCCAGCAUGGUGGUACAACAUUCUUUACAUAUACACUGCUGCGACCGUUCUGAUAGCCGGUCGCUUAUGCUCGCCUAUUCUCUCCGAGGUCACGGAGGCUUCUAUUACACACUCUUGGGAAUGUGCUCUGGAAAUUCUCCGCAAAUACCAGAAAUAUAGCACAUCAGCUCGGCGUUGUGUGGCAGCCCUUGAAAUACUAUACGAGCAGGUGGUUUCCGAAAGCCAACCGCUUAUGGGUCAUGCCUCCGCCCCGGAGUUCACAGUUCAUGUUCCGGGUACUCUCCACGAUGUUUCUUUUGGAGAAGGUGUGAACGCGACAAUGAUGGAGGGAUUUGAGCUACUUGAUUUUCAAGAUAUGUCUUGGCUCAAUAGUGUCCCAAGCAAUCUUAUAUAG